AAAUACAAGAAAGGAACCAGCAUACCGUACAACGAAUGCAACAACUGCCUCUGUGUCGGGCCUGAAGUAAGCUGUGACCUAAAGCCGUGCACUCCCUCGCCCGAGGCCGGAUGUGAACUCAAUGGAGUGGAAUACAAGAAAGGAGCCCUCGUAAAGUUCGACAAAUGCAACACCUGUCGUUGUGUUGGGCCUAAUCUAAAAUGUGACAUAAAGCCGUGCUCUACAAAACCUGAGGUGGGCUGUCGACACAACGGGGUGUUGUAUAAGCCGGGGGAGUUGUUCAAAAAAGAAUGCAACACCUGCACGUGCUCCGCCAAGGGCGCUGCGUGUACUAAAAUGGGUUGCUCUGGGUAAUUUGACUAGUCAGACAUACCUGGACAAAACUGACACCCACGCGAUGUGCUUUAUACGGAUGCUGUGGGAAACUAGAGAAAUAAAUAUUGUGCAUUAGUAAGCUUUA